AUGUACGGCAAAGGCAAGAGCAACAGCAGCGUCCCGUCCGACAGCCAGGCCAGGGAGAAGUUAGCACUGUAUGUAUAUGAAUAUCUGCUCCAUGUAGGAGCACAGAAAUCUGCCCAGACAUUUUUAUCAGAGAUAAGAUGGGAAAAAAACAUCACAUUGGGGGAGCCCCCAGGAUUCUUGCACUCUUGGUGGUGUGUAUUUUGGGAUCUCUACUGUGCAGCUCCAGAAAGACGAGAAACAUGUGAACAUUCAAGUGAAGCUAAAGCCUUUCAUGAUUAUAGUGCUGCAGCAGCUCCCAGUCCAGUGCUAGGAAACAUUCCCCCAGGAGAUGGCAUGCCAGUAGGUCCUGUACCACCGGGUUUUUUUCAGCCUUUUAUGUCCCCUCGAUACCCUGGAGGUCCAAGGCCACCUUUAAGAAUACCCAAUCAGGCACUUGGAGGUGUCCCAGGAAGUCAGCCAUUAUUGCCCAGUGGGAUGGACCCAACACGACAACAAGGGCAUCCAAACAUGGGUGGGCCAAUGCAGAGAAUGACUCCUCCAAGAGGAAUGGUUCCAUUAGGACCACAGAACUAUGGAGGUGCAAUGAGACCGCCACUGAAUGCUUUAGGUGGCCCUGGAAUGCCUGGAAUGAACAUGGGUCCAGGAGGUGGUAGACCGUGGCCAAACCCAACGAAUGCCAAUUCUAUACCGUACUCUUCAGCAUCUCCUGGGAAUUAUGUAGGUCCUCCAGGGGGUGGAGGGCCACCAGGAACACCCAUCAUGCCUAGUCCUGCAGAUUCAACUAACUCUGGAGACAACAUGUACACUUUAAUGAAUGCAGUACCACCUGGACCCAACAGAUCUAAUUUUCCAAUGGGCCCAGGGUCAGAUGGACCUAUGGGUGGAUUGGGUGGAAUGGAAUCACAUCAUAUGAAUGGAUCUUUAGGCUCAGGAGACAUGGACAGUAUUUCCAAAAACUCUCCCAGUAAUAUGAGCAUGAGUAAUCAGCCUGGCACUCCCAGAGAUGAUGGUGAAAUGGGUGGAAAUUUCCUAAACCCUUUUCAGAGUGAAAGUUACUCCCCCAGCAUGACAAUGAGUGUGUGAUCCAUACCAAGUCUCCUCAUGCAGACCGCAGUGAGUUGGCCCUCUUCAGAGAGCUACUACAGAAGAAAAUUGCAAGUCCCAGUGUACAGUUUAACAAAAGGAUCUCAGACACAACCAGACCCACCAUCUUUUCCUACCAUCUCCCCAGUUUUGUGAAGAAAGUGGGUCCAAACAUGAUUCAAACAACUGUAAAGAGUGGCAUAACAGAACUGCCCAAGAGUGAACUGCAAACAAUUAUCUGUGUAUGUAUAAGUGCGGAUAGAUGUAUAUGUGUGUGGAUAUGUUAUAUUGACAUACAUACACACACAUAUACAUAUAUAGACCUGCAGGACAUUUGUAAAAUAGUAUCACAUGACAUCUUAAGUAGAAAUAAGAAAUAGAGACUUUUAUUCCAUCUUUUUUUCACGUUUACAUUUUAACUAUUAAAAUUUGCGUUCCCUUUGCCCCCCUCACUCCCCCCCCCCCCCCCCGAACUGUUAUGCUGCGUAUAUCACUGCUUUAUAAGUUAUUUUUUAAGGUGAACCCAAAUGGUCAAUUGUUCUGAUUUUGUAAAUGUCUGCCAUCAUGGAUAGGAAUAAAAUUGCUCAUAAGAGGGCUUUCAUAAACUUGUAUUUCAUACCAGUUACCCUGUGAAUCUCAAACUGUACUCUCUCAAGAAAUAGAAGAAAGCUCAUCUUAAUUUUGUGGGGAAAUUUAAUAAUUUGUCACCUAGCUUUGGUGGUGGUUGGGUUUUUUUGUGGUUUUGUUUUGUUUUGUUUUUGUGCUUAGUACCUUUAAAAAUAGGAGCACUGAAGGUUAUUUUUCUUCCUCAAAUAAGGCCUAAUAUCUGCAAAAUCUACUUUAAAUGGAAGACUGAGUUUGCUACAAGACUCUCAGUUUAUCCAGAGUAUUUUAAAGUUGCUGUAAGUGAGCUCCAGUUGCUAUGGAACCUAGCAAUAAUGUGGCAGGGCUUCUUCAGUCCUUGGAAAUAAGUUUUUCCUUUAGCCUGAUCUUCCAUGUGCAUGGUGGCAAGUAGAAAUACAAUACAAUCCCUAUUACUGAAACCUCUUUUUCUAACAAACUACCAGCUUGUCUCCCUUUUCUGUUGAUUCUUGGCUGACUCCCAAUUAUCCAUAGUCCUGAUUAUCAGAACAUAUUUAGUGUCUGCCAAGUGAUUCAGAUAAUCAGGACUGUACUUGAUUUGUUAUUUUUCACCAGGAAUACUAGAGCUGAACUCCUUAGAAACUUUCCAGUACAGAAUCACAUUAGUGAACCAAAAUGACUGAGUAUUUUGUGGGUACUUCCCAUGCAAGGAAUGUUGGAAGGCUCAUGCCCUUAUACCAGAAACAGAACAGGAACAGAGGUCUGAGCCUUUUUAUAAGGAAAUCAAUAUACUGUAUUUCCAAACUUUGGAGAUAGUGGGGGAAAAAGAAGAGUGAUUAUAUGGCUUCCUGCACCAUCGAAGAAAAUGGGGGAGUCUCCUAUCCCUUAAUGUAAAGCUCUAAAAUCUAAGAUUAUAUUACAUUUAAAAUGAAAGGUUGUACCUGCAUGGUAUGAAAAAAGGUGAUGUUCAGUACCUCAGGUACAAAGUGUUCGAAUUAAAUUCAUUCUGCAGAUACCAAGCAAUGUUCACCCUCAAAAUUCACACCUCAGUGGGACAUCCCUAAAAUAUGGUGCUCACCUGCAGAUUUGUGAGGAGAAUUUUGCCCUUAAAUUGAUAAAGGGUUGCAUGUUAUUGGGUCAGUGUGCAGGUAGACGCACAUCACUGCAUGUGUCAGGAGCAGAUCAAAUUCCCUGUGAGCAUAUAAAUGAAUAAAAUUGGAAUGUCUUUUACCCCACUGUUGGAACUACAUAAAGAUUAAUCUCUUCUUAGGCACCAGGCUUCAAAUUUUAAAAAUUUUAUGAGAAUUUACCUUUAGUUAAAAAUAAUAAUAAUAAUGAUCAUUUGUAACCUUAAAUUAGAUAAAAGUAUUGAUAUGGUUGUUUACUUUACUCCUGGUUAUUAUUGAGUUUGAGUUCAUUUAUUCAUCUUUUGAAAAUUCAAAAUUAGACCCCCAAUCCUGCAACACACAUGUAUUUAACUUGACUACUGUGAGUAGUCUCAUUGAUAUCAGUAGGACUACUCACCAUGGUCAAGUUAAAUGUGCUCACAACCUUAGUAUUUACCAGAUAAAUGAAAUAACACCUUUUGUGUAUACAUUUCCUUUUUCUCUUUUAGUUUUACAUUACCAGGAACUGUUUAGUUUAUGGAUUCCUUCAUGGGGGAAUAAAUAUGACCAUUAAAUAAAAAUGAUGCAAACCAGAAUAUAAAAUAGAAAUCAUAUCCCUUAAAAUAGAACUGUCAAAAAUGUACUAAAUUUUCAGGACUAUAAUUUUAAAGGUAAAAUCACUGUCAAAAUAUUUUCUCCUAGUUUACCUACAAUAGUAUGAUAUGCUUCUGGCAACACAGAAUUUUUUCCUGUGAUUUUAUCCCAAUUUUAUCCCACUUGUAGCACAACCUCAACUUCUUGUGUUCUCGCCUCCUUUUCCAGUCCCUUCCAAAACAUUUGUGUUAAAUUAAACUGCUGAGUAAUGGGCUAGAUCCUGCAUCACUAAAGUCCAUUAGAAUUUUGUCAUUGACUUCAAAGGGAUCAGGAUCAGCCCCUACAGUACUUAGGUUGGAAUUAUAGAUCCUAGUCCUGCAAAGAAUUAAACAUGCGCAAAUCUUUUCACACCUUAGUAGUCACAUAGACUCCAGUGAGACCACUCAGCUAUGUAAAGUUGCACAUGUGCUUAAGUCUUUGAACGAUCAGGGCUCUACAUAAUUAGAGAUGGAAAAAGACCCAUUUGAUCAUCCGAUGCAUCUCUUGAGUUGUUAUGACAAACUUCAUCACACAUAAGUAAUGAUCUCAGCCACUCUUACCUUCCUUUUUUAGAGAAUGAUCCUGCAAAAGUUUACAUACAUAAGUAAAGUUACUCACAUACAUGUUGGCAGGAUCAGGUGCUUAUGUCAUACAUACACACGUUCUGCAGCUAAGCCACAGGGAAUAAUAGUUGUAUUUGCUAAAUAUGCAACAUACUCAAAGGACGCCUUUAGCUUUCAAAUUUGUAUCGGGUUUUUUGUUUGUUAACUUACUUUUGCUUACAAAUCUCUUUUAUAAGUUUGCAAUAUAGAGACCAAAAUUGAGAUGGAAGAAAAUUUUAUUUCCAAGCACUGAUUUUUUUCCUCCCACUGGUGUUUCUCUUGCACUAGAUGUUGAUGUGUACUGUAACUGCUGUUUGUUUUUAUGCUUAUUCACCAGCAUUGUCAGAUGCAAAUUGUCCGGAUCUGGAAGUAAUGCUAAAUUAAGGGCAACAGGUCAGCUUUCGCACUAGGUUUUAAGAUAGUGGUCUUUUUAUGUGUUUUUUUAGUAUGGAGAAGAGUAAGGCCUGAUUUGCCAAACAUUUUUUUUUCAGUAAAAUAUUUUAAAAGAGACGAGAUGGAGCCUUAGAACAUCGAAAGCAGGGAAUAGUGGGUUUUCUUUCUCUCUGUAGAGAUGCCAGUUGAAAUCUUGGUCCUAUUGAAAUGAGUAGGAGUUUUGCCUCUGAUUUCAAUGGAAGCAGGAUUUCACUGUCUGUGUAAACAUGUUCGAAGGAAUUUUCAUGUCCAUAUUUUAUUUCCACACAAAGGUUUUGUGGAGACAAUAACUCCCCUUUUAUAGUCAUUAAAAAAAGGAGUGGGUGAAAGAGGUUGUGAAUCACAAGAAAAAUAGGCUGCCUGAAAUGUACAUGAAAAAGUACCUUAAUAUUUUUAUAUAUAGUUAGGGCACUUAUAUUAUUUUGCUAGCAAAUUUGCGUGUGAAGAACUGAAGUUGAGCUCUGUGUUGCUCCUCAAUUUAUUUUAAAAUGAAUUUAGAGUUCAUGAAAGGUGCUGGAUUUGAAAGCCCUUGAGACUAGUCUUUUGUGCACCCCAUACUGCCCCGGUAAUGUGCCUCAAACUUGCUCUGGAGGGCCUACCAUUUAAAAGAGAGAGAGUAGUUCUGUCUCCAGUUCAUGAAGUCAUUAGCCUCUCUGCUGAGUGCCACAGUUGCCAAUUUUUAUUUGGAAGCCUGCUCAUUAGGAAUUGGACCACCAGCUUAUUAGACAAUCAACUAUAGUAAUAACUUUCAGUCACCAACCUGCUCCAGUUUUGAAGUAGUGACCCAUAGGUGAAAAACACCAUUUCCCAUGAAUCUGAGACAUCCAUCCCCCUAUGAGCUUUGUAUUUUAAAGGGAAAUAUUUUAGUUUAAAUAAUUAUUUUGAGUAGCUCAAACUAGCAGAGGUGAUUAAAAACUUUUUUCUGUAUGAAUCAUAGAAAUAUGGGGUUGUAAGGGACCUCGAGAGGGAAGACUAAGUAUACCUAGACCAUCUGUGGCAGGCAUUCGUUAAACCUGUUCUUAAAAACCUCCGAUGACAGGGAUUCCACAACAACGCUUAAUAACCUAUUGCAGUAAUUAACUAUCCUUCUAAUUUGAAAGAUUUUCCUAAUAUAUGACCUCAUCUCCCUUGCUGCAAAUUAAUCCAAUUACUUCUUGCCCUAACUUUUGUGGACACAGAGAACAAUUAUUCACCAUCCUCUUUAUAACAGCCCUUAAAUUUGAAGACUGUUAUCAGGUCCCCCCCAAGUCGUCUUUUCUCAAGACUAAACAUGCAGUUUUUUAAAACUUUCCUUAUAGGUCAGGUUUUCUAAACCUUUGAUCAUUUGUGUUGCUCUCCUGUGAGCUCUCUCCAGUUUGUCCAUAUCUUUCUUGAAGUGUGGUGCCCAAAACUGGACACCAUACUCCAUGAGGCUGGAAUCUUUGCGUCGGAAGGAUAACAAAUUCCUACAGUGGCUAAAACACAUUUGGAUUUUCCCCUGUCCCAUGAUUAGCAGAUGAAAUACUGUAUGUAGAGAGGGUUUGGAAUUAGAUGGGUAAUUUAAUGAGGGACCAGCUGUUACAAUAUUCAGAGUUGUAUAUUUUAAUUUUUCCCCUUGAUAUAAUGACUUUUCAGCUGAUAAAUAUUGCACUGAUGUCUAUUUCCUGGAUCAUUUAAUUAUUUGUUAAGUAUUUUAGCUCUGUUCCUAGCCAACUCUAGUAUUUUUUGUUGUUGUUAAAUAUGGGCUAAAUUCUGCAAGAUUUGGUCCUAUACAUUGAAAGUUGGAGAGCACAACAAAUUUAGAGAUUAAUGAUGCAAAAAUAAAAUUGCCAGCAGAAGUAAAUUGCAAGUGAUGAUGUAGCACCUGAUAGCACCUGUUCCAAUCCCAUUUCGGUUUGUUUGGGUGGCUUUGAGGGUGGGAAUCAUGUUGAAGCACAUAGCUUGCAAAUAAAAACUGUUAAACUCCCUUCCGUAUAAGUGACAACUCAUUUCUCUUCAAACAAGCUGAUGUUUGCGGCAAUUUAAUAUUAGCAAAUGAUCACAUUAAGGAUCUAUCUCAAUAUUUCAUGGUGCAAAAAA